UUUAAUGCUCUAACGGCCUUCCAUACAGCAGAUACUGGUUUCUACAUGGAGACCAUCUUCUCUUUCAGAUGUUUCCUCCAUCAGAUCUUUAAUUAUUGAUCAGCUCGUCUGAUUAAUAAACUGGUUUAAGUUCCGUCCUCUGCAGCUGAGGACCAUAAAGCGUCUUUAUAGUAAUAAUUUAUGUGAGUGUUUGUUAUUUUCGGGCUGCUUUCGGGGCUUGUUUUGCUCAGACUAGGGGUGCAGGCUUUUCCCUCCCCCUUCCAGAGGACAAAGACUAAAAUGGGUCAGACUGAGGAGAGCAGCAGCGGAUCCUGCGCACCAGCAUCCGGAGGCAGAGAGCAGCUCCUGGCCGCCUUCCAGGCUCUCUGAGCGGGCACCUGCUGCUGCUUUCCUCCGCUGGUUCCUCCCGCUGAGCCCUUUAUCCCCGCUCAGCUCACCGGCGUUUUCCUCAUUCCUGCUCCGCUUUUCUUUGGUUCCCGACAUGUCGUCCUGGGAUGGCUGACGCCGCUAACUGGGAAUGAACUGGUGCUGGUUCUGGUGAACUGGACCCGCUGGAUUCCUCCAGCCUGCAGUGAAACACCGACUCAUCCGCCCCCACACUGACCGCCGGAGGACGAUGGAGGCCGGGCUGAGCUGAACGGAGUCCCCGCUGACCGCUCAGAACCUCCACUGGAUCCGUUUUGAGACCUUUGUGAUCCCAGCCGACACGCCACAGCCAUGACUCCCCCGUCCGACCUCCGACCUUUGCCGGGGCUGCUCUUUGUGAUGCUGCUGAUGUCACUUCCUGCUGCAGCUCUGGAACCAGAGACGUGUUUCUCCCGGCAGCAUCAGGGCGCCGCCAUCAACGUCAGGGUGGCGCUGAGCCGGGACGCGGCGGCCAUGAUGGCCCGGAUAGUCCGGUCAGAGCGAGACUGCGUCCUGGCCUGCUGCUCUGAAGAGGUCCGAACAGGCGCUCGGUGCAACAUGGCCGUGUUCAAAGCCAACAAACAAGCCGGCGAACACAACUGCCUGCUGUUCCACUGUCCCACCGAGUUGGACUGUCCUCUGAUGAAAGCCGCCGAGGGCAGCAACACCUACGACAUCUACAAAGGUUUAAGUCAUCCACCCACACUGAGACCUGUUCCCAUGACAACCACUCUCCAGACUACCAGCACCUCCACCUCUACCACAUCAGCACCAACUACACCAACCACCACCCAGCCCACCAGCACAACCAGCACACCAACCACCGUCCAGGCACUGCACUCCACCCCACAACCUUCCCCACCUAUCAUCAUCAUUGCCACAGAGCCUGCAGGUAGUCCACCCACCAACACCACUACAACCACCACCACCACCAUAGGACCCUCUUCCACCUUCACCACUAGAAAACCCAACAAAACCAGCAAGAAGCAAAACAAAACCACCAAGAAAGCAAAAUCUCAUCCAGCCCUCACCACCACUACCACCACUACCCAAACAGCUCCCAGCUCCAUGACAUCACUUCCUGCUGAAACAGGAAGGAAGGAGGUGGAAGAUAAACAUACCAGUGUUCCAGAAACUACAACUUCAGCUACAACCACCACUGUGGCUCCGGCCACCAGUACAACCACUACAACUCCAACGACUACAGUCACCUUCCCCAUCACCACCACCACCCUUCCUCCCACCACCAUCUCCACCACCGAGCCAACCACCACAGUGACAGCUCAACCGCCAAGUCUGAUCUUCAUUCCCAAAGACCCGGUCCAGUCAGAGCCCGACCUCCAACCAGGCCACCCCACCCUGAACUCCAGCUCCAGCCGGGGGAAAGCGGUGGCAGCCCAGGGGGCGCUGAAGGGCAGCGUGGUGGCCUUCAUGGUGCUGGCGCUGGCCGUGCUGACGCUGGCGCUGGCGGUGGGCGGCCGGAAGGCCAUGGAGUCCUUCGACCGGCGCCAUUACACCAGACUGGAGCUCAACGACCUGCACUAUGAGAUUUAACAAGAGAAUCCAACAUUUCUGCUUUAUUUAAGGUUAUUUAAGUAUUAACUACACAACUCUGAACGUCUGCUCACGCUUUGUUUACGAAGUCAGAGAAUCCUGCUCUCUGAUUGGUCAGACUCGGCUGUUGAAGCUCAUGACUCUCCAUUGGCCACAGAGAUAGUCCCCCGCCCCUUGGCAUGGACGGAGAAACUCUGUUCUGUCAUUUUUAAGGAUUUUACAGAUGAAAUUUACAGAUAAGUUAAAUCAAAUCUGGUUUAAUUUGGUUUUUAAACUGGAUCAUUGAUCUGAUCUCCGAUCAGUUCAUUGAUCUGGGCUGUGCAGUUCUAAUAACCACCACUAGAUGUCAUCCUUUCUUCUGUUAAUUCAGUUACUAUCACUUAGGAUUAUUAGUGUUAACCUGGAAAUAUUUACAUUUCUGAAUAAUGUACCUUAAAUUAUUAAUAUGUUUAAAAAUUUAUAUUAAAAUAUUUGUUCAUUUCUGGUAAGGAACCAAAACUGUGAAAAGUUUUCCAAACAUCAAGGCGGUGAAGAUCUCUCUACCUUCAUUUCAGUCAUUUAAAGAAAUCUUAAGCUAACCAAGAUUAAUUAAUUUAUUGCUGAUAAAUAUACUGCUAAAACCAGUUCCGCCUCCAGAGGGAAUGCUCUGGUGUGAACGGUCAGCUUUAUGAAGCUGCCACAUGCACAGUGGCCACCAGAGGGCAUCAUCGUGACAAAAAAUGGUGAGACGUUAAAAGACCAUAAAACCUCCCGUCUCCUGUCAAAAUGGGACUGAUGUAACAACUCUAAGCUAUUUAAUAUUUUUGAUCAACUCCAGAUAUGAACCUUGACUUCCUUCAUGUGUGUUUGAAACUCUUAUUUUGAAGUAAGAAGGGAAAUAGUUCCUUAGUUGGCCUGUUGAUUGAUGGACACGACUCGGUGAAGAAACCUCCAACACUAAACCACCUGGAGGAUUAGCAAUCAUUUUUAAAAGAAUACUGAUUAACAAGUUAUCUGCUAACAGAUUUAAAUUAACUGCUACCAAAGUUACAGUCGCCUGCUAACAGCGUUGCAGUUAGCUUCCAUUAGUGAUAAUGUUAGCUGCUAACACCUCAACGAAGUCCUGAAACUGUAACUAGAAUCUUGAAUUUUCCAGUUAAUUUGUUGUUUUUUAUUCUUACUUUAAUAAAACUGUUGUGAGUUUGGUGAUUGUAAUGCAGCAAGUUGGUAAUCUGGGAUCACUAGUUAUGCACUUUGACCAUCCAAGCUAGUCACAAAACAAACGGGGCGUUCAGUGAUGUUCGGUCUGUUAAAAGACCAUAAACCGGGUCAGGGAGGUUUCCUCUGGAUCUGCUGACCUUCCCUCUCUGUCCUGAAUGUCCGACGCUCCAGCACUCUGCAUGCUUAUGCCCUCUGGUGGCCAUUCUAGCCAUAGCAUGAAAAACCAUGAGACGGGAGGAGAUGAUUAACUGCAUAUUGGAGCUGGAAAUCAUCUAAAACUGGUAGGAGAUCAGUGAACCCAGCUGGGAACUGAACCCACAACCCAGAUGUUGCUGUGAGGCAGCAGAGCAGCUGGAAGCUCCAGGUUCUUCCAAACCCUCCUCCUGAUUCCUCUGGGUUCCUCCAGGUUCCUCCAGGUUCCCUAAAGACCCGACAGCAAUACCGCCCUCCCCCCAGCGCCUCUCAGGAAGCCUCUGAAGCGGAGACUCCAGAUGCAGAUCAGAACUCGCUGUGCACGCUCCUGCAUGUCCUCUGGGCCUGUGGUGACCUUUGAACCCGCAGGUUCACUGUAGAUGUCACAUUCACUGUGUGUUUUUGUAUUUCCACCAGAAUUCCCGCCGUGGAUCCAAUCCUUUAUAAACUGAUGCACUACUGUGUUGUGUGUUUUUGAUAAUCAGCUGCUGUACAUAUUCCUGGUUGGUUUUCAUAGCUCAGAGGAAAAUGGCCGCCACUAUUUUCUUAUAAUAAACACAUUUUACUGGGUGUGUGUUUUAGACAGGCUGCUGCUGCGGCACCUCUCCAGCAGGGGGCGGCAGCGGGCUGGUCACGUUUCCGUUUUACUCUAAUUACUGACAUGGAUGGUGAUGUUUGGUGCCGUUUUGUCAAGUGAUGCUUUCACAUAACUUUAAAUUUAAUGUUUUGUUGUAAAGAUUAAAAAAAAUGUGAUUUUUGAA